UCCACCCCACAUAGUGACAAAAAGAACUCUAACUCAUAGAGAGAGAGAGAAACAAACAAAAAAACUAUUUCUAGAGAGAGAAAGAGACUGAACUAAAGCAUACGUCUUUGAGAGAGAAAAUCUAGGUCUCUCUCUUUCUCUCUCUGUAUUGUAUUUCAAGAAAUUCCAUAUUCUUCUGAUCACUUCAAGGGACAACAAAACAAAUGACGACAAAAACAACCUCUUGCAUUGUCGCCAACGCAGCCAUGGAAAAAGUCCUUGGCUUUAAUUUCAAAUUUCACUGCUCAGUUAGCAAUAAACAAAACCCUAGCCCACAAACCCUUCAGAGAAUUCCUAACCCACUUUUGAUGGAGUAGGAUAUUUGGGUCACCAAGAUUGGGAAUUUCCUCAAGGGUUUUCUUGGAUUAUUCCGGAAUUUUAAAGCCCAGUUGUUAAUUUGAACUCACUGCUGAUUUCAACAGUAAUUCAUAGGCGGAUCCAGUGGACUGUUUCUGGAAAUGGCUCCAGAAGACGGAGCAUCUUCAGUAACUUCAUCUCCUCUUCAGUUUUUUCCCUGGGUGUCACUUUCUCCAGGAUAUGGAUCGCCAUACCCAUGGCUGAGGGAGUUGAAAUCUGAAGAGAGGGGUCUGUGCCUGAUUCAUCUUCUUCUUGCUUGUGCCAAUCACGUAGCUGCUGGUAGUGUUGAGAAUGCAAAUAUUAGUCUUGAGCACAUCUCCCACCUAGCUUCUGCUGAUGGUGAUACUAUUCAGCGAAUUGCUGCCUACUUCACUGAGGCACUCGCUGAUAGGAUUCUUAAAAGGGGGUGGCCUGGUUUGCAUAGAGCCCUCACUUUCACAAAAAGAUCUUUGGUGUCUGAGGAAAUUCUUGUUCAGAGAUUAUUCUUUGAGCUGUUCCCAUUUUUAAAACUUGCAUAUGUGAUCACAAAUCAGGCUAUUGUAGAAGCAAUGGAAGGGGAGAAGAUGGUACACAUUAUUGAUCUAAAUUCAUGUGAACCUGCACAGUGGAUCAAUCUUCUUCAGACAUUAAGUGCACGACCAGGAGGCCCACCCCAUUUGAGAAUUACUGGUAUUCAUGAACAGAAAGAAGUGUUGGAGCAAAUGGCUCUUCGGUUGACAGAAGAAGCUGAAAAGUUGGAUAUCCCAUUUCAGUUCAAUCCUAUAGUGAGCAAACUAGAAGAUCUAGACGUUGAAAGUUUGCGAGUUAAGACUGGAGAAGCUCUUGCUGUCAGUUCUGUGCUCCAGCUACAUGCUCUUUUGGCAGCAGAUGAUGAAAUGCAUAAACGUAGCUCACCAUCAGCAUCAAAGGCUGCAAACUCUAACCAGUUUCAGAGAGCUUUGCAUAUAAGCAAAAACCAACGUACUUUAGGUGAGUGGCUUGAGAAAGAUUUGGUCCAUGUUUACAGUGCAAGUCCUGAUUCAGCACUGUCUCCACUAUCUCUAGCUCCUUCACCAAAGAUGGGUAGUUUUCUAAAUGCUCUUUGGGGUCUUUCACCAAAAUUGAUGGUGAUAACUGAGCAGGAAUCAAACUCUAAUGGUUUUACUUUAAUGGAGAGAGUCACAGAAGCAUUGAACUUUUAUGCUGCGCUGUUUGAUUGCCUAGAAUCUACUGUGACAAGAGCAUCAGUAGAGCGACAAAAAGUUGAGAAGAUGCUAUUUGGGGAGGAAAUUAAGAAUAUAAUUGCAUGUGAGGGAACUGAUAGAAAGGAGAGGCAUGAGAAGCUCGAGAAAUGGAUUCUAAGGCUUGACUUGGCUGGGUUUGGUAGAGUUCCUCUUAGCUACCAUGGUAUGCUGCAGGCCAGCAGGUUGUUACAGAGCUAUGGCUAUGAUGGAUACAAGAUCAAAGAAGAGAAUGGAUGUUUGUUUAUUUGCUGGCAGGAUAGACCCCUUUUUUCGGUAUCAGGCUGGAGAUUUAGGAGGUAUGAUUGAGAGAUUAUUGACUGCGUGCAGAUUGUGUUUUUCUUUUUCUUUCUUUUUUUUUUUUUCCCCUUUGGCUGUUUCAUGUAUAAAGGAUGUUACGGUUUUUGUCUGCAAUUGCAUAGUGUUCCAAUGAGAAGUUCGAAUAAUUUAGUUCUGUCUUACAA